CGUGGGGCUCCGCGGAGAGGCCUUGACCAGGCAGGGCUUGGGUCCGCGGUUGCCGGCUUGGGGCGGGGGUUCUGAGCCCGGAUCUCCGCCUCUGCGCCCGGGAAGAUGGUGCUGGGGGGCUGCCCGGUGAGCUACUUACUUCUGUGCGGCCAGGCGGCUCUGCUGCUGGGGAAUCUACUGCUGCUGCAUUGUGUGUCUCGGAGCCACUCGCACAACGCCACCGCCGAGCCCGAGCUCACAUCCGCUGGCGCCGCCCACCCGGAGAGCUCCCCGGGCGCUUCGAGCUGGGAGUAUGGCGACCCCCACUCUCCAGUCAUCCUUUGCUCUUACCUACCCGAUGAAUUUAUAGAAUGUGAAGACCCAGUGGAUCAUGUUGGAAACGCAACAGCAUCCCAGGAACUUGGUUAUGGUUGUCUCAAGUUCGGGGGUCAGGCCUACGGAGAUGUGGAGCACACUUCGGUGCAGUGCCGGGCCCUGGAGGGGAUCGAGUGUGCUAGCCCGAGGACCUUCCUCCGAGAGAACAAGCCUUGUAUAAAGUAUACCGGACACUACUUCAUAACCACUUUGCUCUACUCUUUCUUCCUGGGAUGUUUUGGAGUAGAUCGUUUCUGCCUGGGACACACUGGCACAGCAGUGGGGAAGCUCUUGACCCUUGGAGGACUUGGGAUUUGGUGGUUUGUUGACCUUAUUUUGCUGAUCACUGGAGGCCUGAUGCCCAGUGACGGCAGCAAUUGGUGUACUGUUUACUAAGAAGAGCUGCUGCUGAGGCCCAGAGAGCAAGGCUCUUGGAUUCAUCUCUGCAGGCUCAGAGUUCCUGGAUGUCAGGCCUGACCAGUAUUUUCCCUCAUUGGAGAGAAUGGGUUUGGUUAGGAAGGUGGCUUCAGACUGUGGGUGUUCGACCCAAAUUUGACCUUGCUGACUAGAAAUGACAAGCAGACAGUAUUGUGGGUAUCAAGUUUGUACCUUUCCUCAUGUACCAAAAAUAUAAAGGAUAGUGCUUAACUUAUAAGCUGCAGAAGGGUCUCCUUAUUCUUUAUUUCUGUGUGCUGCUAUGUCAUCAACCUUUUGGAGCGGUUGGACCCAACAGGAUGUUUUUGGCCUGUGCCUUUGUGACCCUGAGUCUUCGUGCAGUGGAGGUCAGAAGCUGAACCAACGAAAAUGUCCAGCAGAAGUAGAAACAGCAGUAAAUUUUAAUACACGCUGAAAUUCUGACUUUCUGAAUUUAAAUUGCGGAAUGAAUGUUGCCAACCUGGAACGCUUGUUUGGGUAUUUUCAAUAGGUAGAAUGAAACUCAAUAUCUGUUGUGCUUAAAGCUGAGCAUCUGAAAUGAUCCUAUUAAUAAACCCUAUUGUUUCAUUAUUAUUACUCCUGAGAGGCAAUAUAUCCAGUAUAGUAAUUCCGUCUAAUGUCCAAUUAUGUUUUGAAAGCCAACAGUUCCAGACAUGUCUGGGUUCAGCUAUCCUCUUGGCAGAAUUUUCCUAUUGAAAAGGUAUCAUUUACCAAUUUAGAAAGCCCAUGUUAUAGACUGAUUAAAAAAAAAAUCAUACAAGUAACUCUAAAUCUCUUCUUCAUGAUUACAUAAUAUAAAAUGAAGAGCCUCACAUCCUUGGAAAGGAAAACAGACUCUUCCUUAAAGGAUCUUACUGCUGAGUGCUAGAUAGAAUUAGGAUGUGACUUGUGGGAAACAAAAAGAAACUGAACACAUUUGUCAAAAUAAGCAUGGUACCAAAGUCUUUCACUGUGGGCUACAGUGGUUAGUCAUAGGGAAAGAGACAGCCAAGCUUUCGAGUUCCCACAUCACAGGGGAUAAAAAAAAAAAAUGUUCUAAACUUGUGGUUUUUAAAACUUAGUUCCCAUCCCUUACAAUCUGAGUUGAACAGAACUGUUAAGUGUAAAGUAAAAGGGGGGUUUACAAAGAGCCUGCUAUUUGGGCAACAUAUAAAUUCUAGGAGCAAUUAAGGUAGAACCGCUCAAAGUUUAGUCUCGUAAUAAUUGACAUAAAAGCCAGGAAUCCCAGUUAAAAUAACUGGAUACUCUCUAUCAUUAUGAAGCAGUUUUCCUGAAAGUUUCAGCUUUAUUAUCCCUGAUUAACAUGACCACUUUUCUUAUGGUAUUAAAUGGUGGCAACUAUGUAAAAGUGAAAACAGAUUAUUCUGUUUUGUCUUGAAAGUUCUAUACCACAUUGACCUCAACUUCUUCAUAACUGUAAAUUAAUAGAUUCUUAUUUAUAAUCUCUACAGUCUAAGGCAAUAUAUUUUAAAUUGCUGUGGGUCCUGAAGAAAUUGAACCUUCUCCCCAGAAAAAUGCACAUAAACUUAAAAUUUCUGCAUAGAACUUAAGAGAGUUCAAGGAUGCCCCUUUUUAAAAAGAAAAACUCACUUUUAAGAAAAAUCUGGAAAACUAAAAUUGAAAUCCUGCCCCAAAUAAGACAAUACUUUAAACCACAAAUCCUGCUUCAUCUCACACUUAAAAAAAGAAGAAAAAAAAAAACUCCUUAAAGAUAUUCACAAACCCCAUCAAAAGUUAUUUUUAAAAAAUAAAUAAAUAAACUGUGGCAGCUUUCAGACUCAAAAUCAUUGAUCAUGAAUGUUUCCAGGAAGAAGAACUUGGGUAAAGAGGUAAAAGUCUGUAAAUUAUUAAAGUUUCUAUUUUAUAGAAUAUUUUAUAGAAGCCCUCCUCACAGAAAAGCUGCUGGGAACCAGAGUUGUUUCCACUGCUAGCUGACAACCUGAGAAUCUAUAUUCCUCUGUGACCAUCCAAAUUUGUUAGUUUCAGUGUGACUUCUAGGUGAUGAGCAUCUUCUGUAUUUACAAACCCUGGCCAAAUGUGAUAAACCUGAAAAACUGUUUGAGUAAAGGAAUAAUAUUAAAAAUGCGA